AUGGCUGGCUUUGAAGAUUUUGUGCAGUUUGUGACUAAGCAAGCUGAUUUAGCUACUGAUCCUGUCUAUUCGGAAGAGCUGGUAACUAAGGAGAGUUCACAACCCACAAGACGAAAUCACAGAAAUAAGGGAUAAAACUUUGGUACAUUUCCGAAAGGGCAGAACGAACAAUUGAAAGAUAUGCCCCCAUGUGUUGUGUGUUAUAAGAUGCAUGACCUAGACCAACGCUUUGAAUUCGAGGAACGAUCGCUAUCUCAAAGAAAGGACUUCUUGAAGAUCAAAAGUAUGUGAUAUAGACUUUACAAUCGAGGACAUAUAGCUAAGUUUUACAAGCAAAGGAAGUUAUGUCAGAUGCAUGUAUGUAACUCCACUGCACUGCAUGAUCCCCACUGGAAACCACCAAAUACAGUAAGACUGAUAAAGAGAAGGAAACCUCACCAAAUUCAUAAGCAAUUGCGUCGAAGUAAACCAGUCAAUACCCUUGGAGGAUCGAGCACAGAACAUAAACAAACUUGAGCUUGGCCAAGAUAGAUUGUCGGUCGACCGAACGAGCAUAAGGCGUUCAUUGGUGUGUGGAAUUCAGAAUCGAGUUGAAAGACAUACCAUGUACAAGGAGAGGAAUCCUUUCAAAGAUAAGUUCUGUUUACGAUCCGUUGGGACUUAUUGCCCCUGUGGUUCGGGUUGGAAAGCGUAUCUUGGAAGAGAUCUGUAAAGGAUCGGAUUGGCACACGCCCGUAUCUGAUGAGUUGUAUGCGAGAUGGGAAAAAUGGAGGUGCGAGCUUCCUCUACUUGAACAAGUAAUUGUUCCACGAAUUUUCAAGCCGAACAACUUCGGAAGGUUGUUACAAAACAGCUCCAUAGUUUCUCUGAUGCGUCACGGACUGGUUAUGGGCAGACUUCGUAUCUUCGCCUGGUCAAUGAAAACGGUCAAAUACACGGUUCGUUUGUCGCUGGAAAGGCACGAGUUACACCACAAAAGACGGUGAGCAUUCCGCGAUUAGAGUUCGCUGCGGCGACGGUAUCAGAAGCUGACAUGCUGAAAGCUGAAGUGGAUUAUGAAGAUGUAGAUUUUUACUGGACGGACAGCGAAGUAGUUCUUGGCUUCAUUAACAACGAGUCCCGAAGGUUCCAUGUGUAUGUUGCCAAUCGGGUACAACUGAUACGAGACUAUACUUCACCAGAACAAUGGAAACACGAUGGCACAUCAAACAACUCGGCAGACGAGGCUUCUACAGGCAUGACAGCGGAAGCAUUUCUAGAGAAUUCGAAGUGGAUUAGUGGCCCUGAUUUUCUGUGACAGACUGAAGACAAUUGGCCUCAGCAACGUGCAGACCACACUGCAUUCGACGAGAGUAACCCUGAAGUGAAGAAGGUCAAUGCGAGAGUCGUGGCAGUACAAGAAGAUAAUAUGUUUGGCAGGUUAGAACGGUUUUCUUCCUGAAUACAAGCUAAACUAGCAGUCGCCAACUGCGGAUGAUAUGUGCGAAAGUUGAGAGAAAGGGUCAGAAACGAAGGAGAUACGUCGGCCAAAGAGUCAAUUAAUGUGGAAGAUAUAAGAGACGCGGAAACGGUAGUCAUCAAGUGGAUGCAGCACGAAGCCUUUGCAACAGAUACCGAGCUUUUGCAACAAAUGGAAGCAGAUAAUGAUCCCAAAGAUCGAGAGUUCAUCAAAAAGAAAAAAGCUGCAAUGAAGACAUCUAGUGUCAUUCACAGGCUAGAUCCGUUUCUGGAUAACAGCGGAGUCUUAAAAAGCGAUAACAGCGGAGUUGAAAGGAGGCUUAGUCGCGCGGACAUGACUGAGGGCAUUAAGCGUUAA